CACACACCAACCUAAAAAACACUGACACCAAACCUACAGCUCGACCAAAUAUGCUGAAGCUAAAAUGUUUUAGCAAUAAUAAAAUGAAAGGUUAUGUUGACAUAAGGUUUAACAGCAUGUAAAUGUCAUCUGAGCAACAGAAACUACAUCAAAUAAUCAGUGAUAGCAAUGAUACAGAUAAAACCAAUCUAUGACAAAGGGUUGAAUCGCUCAGUCAGCGAUGGUUUUAACCUCGAUUCGACUCUCGUGAAUGGGAAUCGAAACAAACUCCAUUUAAACCAAAAGGCGUCUUAAAAACAAGCUAACCACCAGUGGAAGCUAACCCAGCUAGCAUGCUAACGCAAAUCAACAACGGGUCUCGUCCUCACCUCGUCCGGAAGCCGCCGGGGAUCAGGAGGACAAACAGCGCUGCGACCCGAUCACGCUCCUCGGUUCUUCAUCUUUUCAUUUUCACGACGAUAACACCGCGAAAAAAACCCAGACGAUCCCCGCUGAGAUCGCACGGAGGGUCCGCCCUGGAUACACAAACAAGCCGCUGGUCCUCCGGGGGAAGAAAACUACAUUGACCGGCAUGCACCACCGGAAACGCCUGGGAGGAAAGCGUCAACGGCGCUAACUAUGGCGCUAAAGUUACUUCUCUCACCAGCUCAGCGCCAUUGAAUCUUUAUUUGUUUAUAUAUUUGUUUUUUCACACUUAACCGAGCCAGUGUGACGAUGUUAUCCAGCUGUUACCGCCCGGAGGAACCGCGUUUCCGCCGGUUUGAUGCUAGCAGCUAGCUACGGGAUGUCGUUUCCAUGGUGAUGAGACCUUACACUUAACUCUCCAGCUGUUCCACGUGAAUGUUUACAGAAAAUGGCUUCAUGGCUACAAUGAAGAAGGAUGUCGUCGCUUUACAGCAGUGAUGGCGCCCCCGUGCUCCGGGAAACAGCCCCAGCAGCAGCAGCAGCGGAGACUCGCGGCAGCUCCUUCCGGCCGAGGUUCAACAAUCUGACUCUGGAUCAGCUGAGCGAUGAGCUUGACAGGCGAACUAAGGAAACCCAACGACUUCAAGAGGAAGUGGAAAAUGCAACCAAAGUUGCCUUGGAGAGGUUUGGCGGCAAAUAUGGAAUCAAUACCUCACCUGGACAAAGCUGCCACAGCCACUGGUUCAAUGUCUAUAACCCACCUGGGGAUUUCACCAUCUCCCCCACCCACACUCUGGCAGGGACUCAGCCUCUGGACUGUGAUCUGGAUAUUAUAAACCAAGAGGUGGUUCAAAGGCAGAUCAGCUCUCCUGGAAAAAAGGUUUUGGAAAAUGCACUAGAUGACGGUUUUCAGCAGCUGCCUGGUUUCCAGCUGAGAAAGUCACAUGAUCGAACCGAGACAUUCAGUGUUGACAAAGCCAUCGAGAACCUGCAGACUACGCUGAAUAAAGUCCAAAUUGAGAAGGACGUCUUGUCUGACCUCAGAUUGAAGGAUUCGAGGAAUCAUUUGGAUCAGAUGGAGAAGAUGCUGUGCAUGUUGGAAGAGCUCCAGAACAUCAAAAGGGCCACAGACCAGAAGCUGCAGGACACAGAGGACGAGGCGGUGGCACUCAGCAGGAAAGUAGAGACACUGGAGCAGAUCAUGAAGGAGACGUAUUCUACACUGUUGUGUCAUGAGAGUCGAUGUGAUAAGGACCACGUCACCAAUCUCAACGCCCCCACUCGUUCAGGACCGCCUUCACCAGCCGCUAAGUUAACCGAGGAUACUAAUGACACAAACGAGCUACAGGAGAGAUGCUUAAGGUCAAUAGAACAUCUUGGGAGGGAAGAACACAGUGGAGGAAAUACGCAAAAACAAAGGAGUAAAGAACUGAUUGCAAGUCUGUGCCAGGAGAUGGCGCUGUUGACUGACAAACUGAGCUCAUCCAAACAAAACAGCGUCAGCUUGAGUGUUAAGUUGGAGCUGCUCAAGAACCUCACUGAAAGACAUACGUCGUUGCACCAGUGUCAGAUCGGUGAGCUUGAGUCAGAUAUCAGCAGCCAUAAAGAUAAGGUUUGCUGUCUGGAGCAGCAGCUCCUGCAGGUUCAGUCUCAGCUGGCGGAUGCACAAAGAGAAAAAGAGCGAGCCUUGCAUCAGAGAGAGGAGCUUCAGUUCCAGCUCAGCCAACUUAAGAGGUACAGUGAACAGCAGCAGCAGGAGCUCCAUGUGGAGGUAAAGGCCCUGAGAGGAGGGCUGGAGGAGGCCAGGGAGCUUCACAGAGUCGCAGAGGAGAAUAAUUGCUUACAGUCUCUGCAGGAACAGAGGACCCAGGAGGGGAGGACAGCCCAGGAACUCCUGCGGGAGAAAGAUGAGGAACUCCAGCUCAGGCUGCAAGAAGCCCUGCAGCAUCAUUCUUGGUGCCAGACCCUGCACACAGAAGGAGAGACACUGAGGCGGAAGCUGGAUGACCGAGAGAAGCUGAUAGACAAUCUGCGGCUGCAGCUGGAGAGCAGCGAACAGAUGAAAGCUCAGCACAGUCACACCAUCAACAACCUUCACCAGGAGAACAACCUCCUGAGCAACCAGCUAAACCAGCACAAGCUACAGAUUCAGCAGCUCAGGGCUGAGUUAGACCAGCACAAGUCAGACCUGGCCACUGCAGAGCACGAGAGGCGGAAUCUUCAGGCGUCUGUGGCUGAACAAGGUCAGCGUCUCCGGGAGGAAACUCUGGAGAAAAGACAGCUCAGCUCCCAGUUGGAGAUCCAGCGUUUGCAGUUACUCGCCCUCACAAAGGAGCAUGAGGAGCAGCAGCGGCUCCACAGCUGUAGGAGCGACGAGCGGGAGGGUGUGGUGCUGAGGCUUCGGAGUCAGCUGAGGGACACUCAUGAUGAGCUGGACCAGGUCAGGAUUACCCUGAGGACCCUGGAAGGAGCCGACGGACACGGCCUCCGAGUAGCACUGGACAUGCAGAAGGAGAUCACUGCCAGAAGAGAGCAGGUGGACUCUCUGCAUAGCAAAAUCCAACAUCUGGAGGAGACUGUGGAGAAGCUGCAACAGGAGAAGCGUCACCAGAGCCUGGAGAACCAGCGUCAGCUCGGGCAGCUCGCCUUCGUCAGGGAAGAGAAGAAGCUGCUUUCCAGGGAGCUGGAGGCCCUCGGGUCCAAAGACCAACAACUAAGGGACCGGAUCGGCCAACUGGAGGCAAUCCUGCACAAGAUGUCGGAGAGCUUUGCAGACUGUCAAGAGUUCAUCCAGCUGCAGGAACAGCAGUUCUAUCGGCUGAAACUCGGACAUGCCCUCGACCUGAAGGAACUCCAAGGUCAAAAUCUGCACAGCACUCUGAAUCCAACUCCACCAGACCCGGAUUCCCUGAACCCAUCAGAACUCGGCGCUCCACCCUCGUCCCAGCACGCCUCCAGCGCUCAGAUCAAGGCGAGCCCCGCCCGGCAGCUCAGGUCUCUCGUCAAAGAGCUGCGAGGAGUGAUUUCGGAGAACCACAGACCACACACCGACAACAGCCCCGCGGGCAGGAGCUUCCACAGGAGGAGGUCUGCACCGGAGAGAGAGCACAGGACCACAUUCCGUUCUGACGAGGCUGAGGAGGUAAAAGCCAACUCCAGGUCAAGAAGAGAAACCUGCAGCAGAGAGCCUCACUUCCUGCCAAAAGCUCAACUGAAUGGAAAGAUGAUCAACAAGGAUUUCUUCAGGGAGAAGAUAAUGGCUCAUCCCAGCCGCCUUGCAUCGAGUCCAGCGACUGCAGUGAGGUUCACAUCCCCACAACAGCUCCUCUCGCUGGGCCGCAGGUCACCAGUCCACUCCCUCCUGACCUCUGACCCUCACAGCUGACACUGACACGACAGAACCGAGGCUGGCUCCUCGUUCCGGUAAGUUGUUGAUAUUUAACUGAAGUUUAUCCCUUCACCAUGAACGCCGUGGGAAAGAUGGUGUUGGAGGACGUCUCAGGGUUAUUCCAGUAAACUAUUAGAUGACUUUUACUUUGAUUAUAUAAGAGAUAAAACGUUUUCCAUCAACCAUAAUGAGAAGGGGAGUUAAAUAUUUAAAAAGGGCCACUUUCUUGCUCAGACUGAGACAUUCAUGUUUGUUGUCCUCAUAUUAUUGCAUCAGAUAAAACAGACAGAUACAUUUUCUCUUCAGCUGUAGCAACAGAUGUCAUAACAGGGUGUGAGGAGGAUGUAAUGACACAACUGAAACCUCCAGCCACAGUAGCAGUUUACAUUUGUGUCCUUCAUCAGAUCACAGAUAGUUUACAUAAAUCUGUCUUCAUGAUAUUGAUUGACCUCCUUAAUGCCUUCAUGUUUUUUGUCUUGCAGAACAUUUUUAAAAGCGCACCAGAUGAUGUUGAUAGUGAAAAAAGGAAAUUUUAUAAAACUCCCCAAUCAAGUGAUUAUUUAUUGUUUUUAAUAAAGUGUGUUUUUUACAAUACAAA